AUGAGCUCAACGGACCAUCCAGUGGUGAACACCCAAUAUGGCCCUGUUCGAGGCGUGAAAAAAGUGGCUUCAACGGGGGUUGAAUAUUUAAAUUUUCAAAAAAUACCCUACUGCAAACCACCGAUAAACGAACGGCGUUUUAAGGAUUUGGAGCUACCUGACCGAUGGACGGAACCACUCGAUUGUACGGGCCAAGGCCCGUCUGGGUUUCAGUACAGCAAACUAUUGAACAAAAUCAUCGGAAGUGAGGAUCAUUUGUACAUCAAUGUGUACACUAAAGAGCUGACACCAUCUAAGCCCCUUCCUGUGAUGCUGUGGAUUCAUGGUGGAGCCUUCAUGCGUGGCUCCAGUGGUACCGAUAUGUACGGGCCGGACUACCUCAUCCAGAAGGAUGUCGUCCUGGUUUCCUUCAAUUAUCGCAUCGGGGCCUUUGGAUUUCUUUCGUUCGAUUCGAAGGAAGUGGGCAUUCCGGGCAAUGCCGGCUUGAAGGAUCAGAACCUGGCCAUCCGGUGGGUGCGUGAUAAUAUUGCCAGCUUCGGUGGGAACCCCAACGAUGUGACGCUGUUUGGCGAAAGUGCCGGAGGCUGCUCGGUGCACUACCAUAUGGUGUCGGAUCGGUCGAAGGGUUUGUUCCAGCGGGCCAUCGUGAUGUCAGGCUGCACGCUAAACAACUGGUCCCUCGUGCCAAUGCGGGGUAUGGGCGAACGGUUGGCAAAGGCGCUCGGAUGGGAUGGAAAGGGAGGUGAAGGGGCGGCCCUGCAGGUACUGAUGAAGGCCAGCGCCGAGGAUAUCACGCUGAAGCAGGAUCAGUUGCUGACGGAAAAUGAGCUGGAAAACCGCAUCCUGUUUUCCUUCGGCCCAGUUGUUGAGCCGUACGUAAAUGAGCGCACUUUUAUCCCAAAACAUCCGCUGGAAAUGUGUCGGGAGGCGUGGAGCAACGAUAUCGAUAUACUUAUCGGAGGGAACUCUGACGAGGGUCUUUUCUGUUUGAGCGUAAUCAAAGAAAAUCCUGCCAUUAUGGACAAUCUGGGCGAUUUUGAGUAUCUGGUGCCACUGGAGUUGGGGUUGGUGAAAACGUCACAUAGGUGCAUCCAGUACGGUCAACGAUUGAAGAAGUUUUACUACGGAGAGACCGAGCCAUCGUUCGAAAAUCGUCAAGGCUAUUUGACGCUUAUGACGGACAAACUGUUUUGGCACGGGUUGCAUCGAACGAUCUAUUCCCGUGUCGAGCAUCGGCCGGAUGCAAAAACGUUCGUGUAUCGCUUCGCGGUCGAUUCGGAAACGUACAACCAUUAUCGGAUUUACUUCUGCGAUCGUAAUGUGCGCGGGACGGCCCACGCUGACGACCUGUCGUACCUGUUCAAGAAUGUGUUCAGUCCCGUUCCUGGAAAGGACACGUUCGAGUACAGGACUAUGCAAACGAUGGUUGAAUUGUUCACAAACUUCGCCACCACCGGAAACCCGAACGGAGGUGCGGUGGGAGAUCUAUGGAAACCGGUUGGUCCUACCGUUGGUCCGUACAAAUGUCUGAACAUUAACAAUGAUGGUGUGCAGUACGUGGACCUUCCCGAAACUGAGCGGAUGGAACUGUGGGAUUCGAUGUAUAGCAGAAAGGAGCUGUAUUGA